AUGAACUCCCAUAGCCUUGCACGACUGGACUACAAAGCAGCAGUUGUGUUGUCUGAGGACAGUGGAGAGGCAUGUGAUGAACACGGACAGCCGUCACCUUCUCAGCCCGACCAGUUGUUCGGGUCUAGUCUGGCAGUCUGCCUAAACUUACCAUUACUUUCAUCAGCGAGAUCUUUCUCCGAGCGGCGUCUUGGUCUGGAAGAAAAUUUUCCUUUCACUCGGGCAUCCGUAGGUGUUCUUUGCUUCCGGGUUACUCAAGGAAUGUUUAUGGACUUGCCCAGCUAUAGUCGCGUCCAUUUACUGAAUAGUUUAGAGAAAGAUUUCUUCCCUUAUAUUUUGAUCCUCCACCAGUCUUACCACCAUCACCACCUUCGCCGGAGCUUUCGACCACAGGACCGCCACCUUGAAAAGCCGAAUUUAGAAGCCUCUUUAAUUUCACGUCACCUGAAAGCGUUGGGUUUUCCCCAUUCGCGUAGUAGACGAAAAAGACCUCUGGCUUCAACGGCAAAGGCGCGGGAACCUGAACCACUUGCUGAUCCUGUUUUGACUGCUUGUGGAGAACAUACACGAUGUACUGCUGUUCUGCAGGAGGUCUUUUGUUUCACACUUGUGGUUGCUGUGUCCUCUGCGCCGCAAGGAUACAACCUGCCUACGCCUUCUGGCCCGUCCUGCGGUGAAGGACAAGUAAAACACGUGGAUGGCAGCUGUGUCACACAUGAAGUGAAGCGUCGUGUCUUUGUGUAUGAUGUGCCAGCAAAUGUGGCUGAGGUUAGCAAGCCAGAAUACAUUCCAGAACCUAAAGUGGAGCGCAAUAUCAUUUUUGUGAGACUGCCUGAAGGUGCGCAGGGACCAGAACCCAUCGUCGUUCCACCGCCACAACAGCAACACGUCGUGUACGUCCUCAAUAAGCAGUCUGACCAGGACCAGCAGGUGAUCGAGGUUCCAGCACCACCGCCAUCCAACCCCGAAGUGUUCUUCGUGAACUACGCAGAAGGAGAGAACCCGACUCUUCCCAGCGGAGUAGAUCUCCAGACGGCGCUGAGUUCAGCAUCCCAGGGCAACGGCCAAGUCGUGGGCGGCGAUGGCCAUGGGGGCGGCGCCGGGGGAGGCAAUGGAGGAGGUUCCAACGGAGGCAGCGUCGGCGGGAGUUACAGCCCUCCUUCAAGCAAUUAUUCUCCGCCUUCCAACCUCUACAAAACCCCAUAAAGAAGAUCAAUUCAGCUAACAAUAUCAUACCAAAUAACUAAUAUUUCAACCAUUUUGUACUGAAAUGCGUAGAAAUAGAUUUUGUUUUAUAUCAUCAGCAUGUAUAUAUAUCUAGAAUUGUGAAUAAAAGAUAUCACUACUGUUAG